AUGUCUCCUUCUCCCGCCCCCCUCUCUAGCGCUCCAUCUGGCAACAUCGCAUCCCUGACGGCAGCUAUCAACAAGAUUGGGAAGUCCCUGGACUCAACUCGAGAGGUCGUUGAAUCCUUCAAAGGUGGUUCUAUCAAGGGCAUCGUAGGCCUGCUCAAGAUCAACUCCGGCGUCCUCGAUCUCCAGGACAGCAUAGAUCAGACGACAGAAAUUGCCCAACAGACACCCACGCUGAACGCAGCCGAGUCCGUCACCAUUGGUCAACAAUUUCUCACAGUACAGCCCCAGAUUAGCGCGCUGCUGACGAUUCUUGAUGACAAGCGUCCCGAGUUUGACAAGGCGGGAUUCAAAAUCCUCGACGUCACCAGUCUCAUCCGGGAUGAUUUAAAGAUUCAAGAGCAAGGAGCCACGGAUUUAGGCGGCGCGCUCAUCAAAGCCCUGGACCCCACGUUCCAACCGAUUGCUGGUCAAAUCGUUACCCAGAUUGAGGGGAAUUUCACCACCACCAUUAGAGCCUACCAAGGGCGUGGUGGCAAAAUCAAGAUCCCGUCUAAGGCUGUGCCUAAGCUCUCUGAACUUCUCGACGACGUGGCGGGGGUGCUGGGCAUUGGCGGCGGUAGAAAAGGGGACAAAGCCGUCAAUGAUGCGACUGAGGACCCCAAUGGACCUGCAAUGUCGGAGGUCAUGAUUCCAGAUACUAACCUCAGCGCUCUUGCGGAGGAUGAGAAUGAUCUGAGUGGUAUCCCGCUUCCCGUGCUGGCGAUCUUGAGGAGGUAUGAUAUUAUUUGAGCGGAAGCGAACCGGAUCCCGCUUAGCAUUCUUGUUUCGCUUCACUCUCGCGAUAUCCGUCGCCAU